AUGUUCGAAACGGUUACUCUUGUUCAAUACGUCGGCUGGAUUCUACCCCGGGGUGAGUAAACCGUAAACUGCGGUUAUCUCCCGGAGAAUUGCGGUCUACUUCAUUACAUUUUUGAACAUUUUUUUCGCGCGCAAAAGCCUGGGAUGGGAGCUAGCCCACGUAUGCCUUGUUCUAGCAAUUGUACGCCUUAAUGCCAUUCCUUCUUUUUCAAAAACCAUGAAAUGAAAUAAAGUUAACGGUAAAAUAACAUUUUUCAGAAGAUCACACAAAAAAUUUUGAUAGAGUGAUUACUUCCCUUGUUUGAAACAUUUCAUAGCGUUCCCAGCCGCAAAACAAUAAAAUGAAGAAGUGCGAAAAGAUAAAAAGAGGCUGCCGACUACGACACGAAUGGCUCGAAACCCUAAACUUUUACAACAUCCUAAAAUCUAGAGAUUUGCUCGGGGCUGGCUCUGAAUGGCCAUCUGGCGUCGUGUCGUGUCCACCACGGAACUUUGUUCCUUUUUUUAAACAUUCACGUUUAUCCUUGAUAUAUAUUUCCGGCCUUGUUUUGAAUGAAAUAGUCUUCUUUUCUCCUUAACUUCUCAUUCUACUUUUGAACAUCAAAUGAAAAUCACAGAGAUACAGAAAAUUUAGAAGACCUUCUGUAUUUUUUUUUUUAAAUUCAUUUUCUCAUCACUAUUUCACGAUAUCUUGAAAAUUUUCUACCUCUCUUUUUUUCAAUAAACAAUUCAAAAAAAGAAACAGAGUGGCAGGAGCUUUUUUCACUCUCCGUCCCAACUCUUUGACAUUUUUUCCGGUCCAUUAGCUUCCAUAAAUCAUUCAAAUCCAAUUUCGCAAAUUUCGAGGACAGUAGGAUAAUCGGCUCCAAAAGAACAACAGAAAUGGCCUCAUUAUUUUUGCAAAAAUAAAAAAAUGACCUCAAUUUCUCAAAAGAAAAAAUGGGUGCCUCGAGAUUGAAGCCAAUUUCUGUCUGCGACUCUCAAAUCGUGGUUAAUUAUUCAUGCAGGAAUCCUCAAAUUCGAGGAGAUAAGAAUCAAAACAUUUUCCGUCCUCGCUCUUGUCCAUCUUCUUCUCCAAGAAAUCUUCGGUAAGUCUUUUGGAAAAUUCCAAAUAAUAGUUUAAAAAUAACAAAAAGGGCAUGAGUACAGCUCUUUAUAUUUUUAAAAUUAAAUUUUUGAAAUAUGAUGGAAUUAAUUUAAAAAAAUAUACUCGGACAUUGACAACGCGAAUCGAACGUGUUGGGGCAUUUCUAGUGACCACUUUAGUAGCGUCAGCACUCUUAAGUGAACCCUACAAUUGUCCGGAAACUUCCGGGACGUUUUUUUUGUUACCGAAGUCCGAGAAGCCCGAGAAAAAAAUUUUUUGUAAAAGAACUGAUAAAAAAAUGGAUCCUCAUAAAACUUCUAGCGCUUGUUUUUCACCUUCUCAAUAUUUCUAAGCUGUUUUUCACUCUUUAUUUUACUUCAUCUCCCGAAAUAACACAAAAAAAAAACGUUUUUUGAAAAACCUGUCAAAAUCGGAUACUCAAAGAUUAAACUCACACAGAAUUGUGUCUGAUUGAACUUAAUAUUUGACUCGAUAUUUGACCUUCUCAAUGUGUUUACGUUCCUCGCCAUUCCCGAGUGGGAUUUCGAGAGCAAUGGCUCUAGGUUCCCAGCAUAAGCUCCUCCAGCUUCUUUGGCGUUCAUCUACCCGUUUAAUGUGUUUUUCAGUUGUCAGUCCUUCUAGGCUGAGCUGUUAUUAUUCCGAAAUUUGUCCUUAGUACAUCGAAUAAAAAUCUUAACUCCUAGUUUCAUCGACGUUUAUUUUACCCUUUCGAGAAAACUUUUUCCUUAAAUAUUUUCCGAUUUCUAAUUCCUUGUUCAUGAACACCAAAGCUCAGAACAUUCUCAUCGAUGAGUUUCCAUUGGAAGAAACCCUCAAGUGCGUUUUCGAUUCAAUACAAUCCAAGACCUCCGUUUCAAAAUGAAACAUCGUUUGACCUCGAAAUACUACAGACGGCUUUGAAUUGGCCCCGAUUCCAUAAAUUCACACCUUGUCGACGAAGCGAAGACAUAUAUUUCAAGAGAGCGCAAUUGACCGCUCCGAAGAAAUUCUUCUUUUCGCCUAAAACGGCUGGUUGUAAAUCACCCCCGAAGGCACGUUUUUGCGCUUGCAAGAAAUUUUUCUUCCAAUUUUUGUUUUCACUCUUUUCAUAGAGAGUGCAUAAGCAGAAAAAAAAACUAGGAAAAUGGAAGAAACUAAAAUGAAGAGCUUUUUGAAAAGUGAUGGUUUGCCAAUUUUAAAAAUGCCGUAAUAAAAAAAGCGCAUUUUGUCUAAAAUUAAAUUGCUCUAUAAGACACUAUUCAAUUCUUCUCAGUUUUCAAAAAAAUGAAGAGUAAAAUUUUUUUAAAAGUUUUGGUUAAUUUCUUUCGGUCGAAAAAUGCGUAAAUAUCUCGAUACUAUCGAUUUCAGAAUUAUCUACUUGAUAUAUAGAAAAUCUUUGCCAAAAUACUUAAUACUCAAACGAAAAAGAAUUUCACCAAAACUGCUCCGAAAACCAUUCAACCCGUUUUUUUUUUUGCUCCUCUUUGUGCUCCUGCUCCACUCAAACUGCUUCGACACGGAAGGAAGCACCAGAUGCACGCAUUCGAAGCGAAAAAAAGCCGAAGUGGCCGAUUGCCUUUUUCGGUCCUCUCCCUUCUCUUUCCUCCAUUUUUUAUGCCCAAUAAAACUUUGGCUGGAGAAAUGUCAUUAUCUCCUUCUUUUCGUUCUUCUGGUGCUUGACAUGGUGUGAAAAUUUUCAAACCGUAUAAUUCGGAUGUUGAGAUGGAUUAAAACUGGUUUUUUGAGAUGGUGUUUUAUGAAAUGCAAAAAAUCCAUUUUGUCAAAAGACUGAAAAUACUGAAAAGAACUUUCAUAAGUGCCUAAAACGGAGUGUUUGAUUCUAUUUUCGCCGGGCUCCAAAGAGCCAAAACGAGAGCGGCGGGCUCAUCAGCAUAGUGUGGUCAAAUUCGCUUCAAAAUUUUCUGCUGGCAGUACUAAAUUUUUUUUUUCUUUUUUGGUUCGCUUUUCGAGACAUAAGAAAGGAUGUAAAGUUACUGAAAAAAACUGAGAGCGUUCCAUUUUUUCGCUUUGAUACAUCAAAACCAUUAAAAAAACCGUAUAGAAUAAUCCAAUUCUAGUAUUCUCACGCAAAACUUAAAUGCAUUUUUACUGACUGUUCUGAUGUAUUCAGCCCCCGCUUCACUAUAUAUAAUCCUCGAAUUUUUCAGUUUGCAGCUCUCAAAGUGGCAGUGCUUCGCCAUCAUUGUUUCUUAGCCUAUCCUGUUCAUUCCAAAUACUUCUAAUCAAUAUUACUCUACUGAAAAAUACAAUCUAAAGAGGGCUGUAUGGCGUGCAGACACAACAUACCAGGAUUACUCACACUUGGUGAUGGGCGGUGCCGAGGCGCCGCCGCCGCUGCCGAUAUUUCUUUCAUUUUUCUUCUCUUCUCUUCAAAGUUCAGUCCUUUCCCAGCCUAAUCUUCAGAAAUCACCUCUUUUAUUUUCACAUAUCUUUGACUAAAUUAAUAAAACUUUUUUUCUUCAUGAACCUGAUAGUUAGAUUAGUUACUGCUUGGAGCAAUUUUCAUUCAGUCUUUUGAAUUUCCAUUCAAACUUUUACGUGACUGGCACCUCAUUUAAAAUAAACCAUAUUCCGCCUGAAAUUUAUGCUAGUUCUGAAAAAAACAAAGAAAUUCUAGUUAUCAAAAUUCUCGUUUCGAUUCCUCUGAGCACAAUGGCCCAUAUGCGUAAAUAAAUUUCAUUUUUUUUUUUUUGAAUACUUAGCCGCAAUUUUUGAAUAACUACAGUUCUUUGUUCAGCGCUUCCUGCACAUUUCUUUAAAAUGCUAUGCCCAUAUUUAAAUUUAUCCAGUACUUGAAUUAAUUUGAGAAAAAUGCCGUUGCAAACAAAACGGCGAUAAAGACAAAGGGUCAUAUUUUACAAACGCUUCUUUUGUUGGCACUUUACAGCUUGCCGUGAACUAUCGCCCAGGAUUCGGCCAGGAUUAUCAAGUUUCUGAUGGAGUGGCAAAAAAAUGAUAAAUGAUUUUACGACAGUGGUAUCAGACUAGCAAGUUUUCGCUUGUUUUUUUUUUUGACGUUGCGCCGUAGGUCAAAAUUUAUGUCAGUCGUUCAAUUGUUACAAUAUUUAUCAAUGAAUAUUUUCUUGUGUCUUUAUUAUUUUUCUGAAAAAGCCCAAAAGGGCUUUCUCAUUCGGACUUUUUCUGAAUCAAAACUCAACCUCAUCUCAUCAAAGUAUUCAAGGUUGGUUUUUAAAAACCCUUCUGUUCGGCUAUGAAAUUCAAGACUGAACAAAUUUUCAAGAAAUCCCCUCUCUUCGGUGGAUAUUAUCCACGAGUUGUUGUGGUCUUCCGAUUGAAACCAGACCCCAUUUGGCAUGGAUUUAAAAAGGAAAAGAGCCCUAGGACGUCUUGAAGACUUUCUCCCAAGAGGCCACUCGGCUGGCCAAUUGCUUGCUAGCAAAACUUCAAAAAAUACGAUUUUUCUCGGCUCUUCAAUGUUGCAUAUGUUUUUUUUUGUCUUCCAAGACAUUUUCGAAAAUAUCAAUGUUUUUAAAGUCCAAAAAAGAACCAAAGAUAAAAAUAUGACUCCAAACAGAUAGAUUAUCAGAGCCUCAAGUGUUGAAGAAGAAUUCAAAUUUUUCUCAACCUAUUUUCAAAAUAUUGUCUGCAAAGAUUCGAAAAGCCAUUAUCCAAACUAAACUUCCAAGAAAGAAAUACUCGACCAGUACUUUACCACUCCCUCACAAAACUAGUACAAUUAAAGAUUCUUGUCUUCUUUCCUCGACAAAACACUCUGCUUGAACCUUGUUCCUGUUUUUUUUUCCAGCUUUCUAAACCCAAGGCUGCCUUCAUUUGCGCUCUGCCUUUUUUGAGGUCGAAAUGGUUGCGAGCGGGGUAAUUAACGGCUUUUCGGAACGGACAACGGCAUCUGCGCCUCAUCGUUUUCACAAAAAUGCUUGCAUUUCAAAUGUUUCAGAGGCUGAUAAUUGAAAGGAAAAAAGAACCAGAUGGAAAUUUUGAGACAGAAAAUUACAAAAUUAUCUAUUUUGAAACCUGUAUUUUUCAUAAGAUAUGAAGCGCUUCCAUUUACAGAACUUUUCCAUUCUGAUUACCAAUUCUCUUAGGCUCCGCCCACCGCCCACAUUUCGAAUUAGCUUCCAAGGCAAACGAAUCCCAGAGCAAAUUUUCUUUUGUUGAUUUAUUUCUCAUAUUCGCACAUCCUUUCUUGAGUCUUAUACCGCUUCGUCGCAUCUCUUAUUCCUAAAUUCGCCUUCAAACCUUGUGCUUACUAUUAGUCAAAAAAUUCAAUUCUAGGUAUGAACCGGCUAUUUUUGCUCGCUGUGCUUUUCGCGGCCUGUUAUGCCGAUGGCGACAAUUCUACCACAACGGUGAGCUCCGUCAGUGCGGUAUGUUAAUUUUCAAGUUUUUUUUUCUUCACAUUAAUCCUCUACUCUGAUAAAAUGUCAAGUAUAACAAAAAUUGAAUGGUUUUCCGUGAAAAUGGGAACGAGGACUAUAUACCCUUCAAAGAAUAGCUCAUUCGGAGACACUGAAAUUUUCGAGCCUUUUAGAGACUUAAGAGCCCUCAACUUUUUUGAAAGAACUCGAGGACAAUUUUUGAGACCAGAUUGAAAAUCAACGUGAAAAACUACAUCUAGUGAACUUAGUCUCAUUCAUAAGUCUCACUGCGACCAUCCCCUAGUCAGCUGUUGAAGCAAACAGCUUUUUUUCUUCUACCUUUUGCUUGUAUUUGAGACAUUUCCUUCACCUACGCUAUUCUGCAGUACUGAUCUAACUCACUGAUCAAGCAAAUAACUAGCCAAAAUCAAAAGACAUAGGCCGACUGUCAAGCAAACAGAAUGUUUACCCGAUUCGGUGACCCAAAUCGACCGUUGCCCAUAUCAAGCAGCUGUGUUAAUUAUUUCGAAAAACCUAACAAGGGAAGAGAACAUAUUUGGACUUUUGAAUAAUUUACAGGCGCCGAUGUGCAUCGAGUACGCGGAUUGUGUGCACAAGGCACAGCAGAAGGCGCUCGAAUGCCACACGCUUGAGAACAAUACCGAGGUACAAUAACCGUUUUCAGUCUUCAACCAACUGUUCACGCAUGUCCUUGUCGGGCAGCGACAAUGAUUUAUGGACAUCUUCCGUAUGCUAUUUGAAUUAAAGGGAAUGCAUAGGCGAAUCGAGAAAGGGUAUCGAAAUCUCAGAAGUCUCACAAUGGUACCUCGAGUAUACCUAUGAGGAGAAAAAUGAGUGGGGCUUGAGAGAGACUCUGAAGUACCUCCGAGAUGGGUCAGAUACAGCUAAAAGGUAUGCUGGAGGUCUCCCGAUGGACACAUUAUGGGGUCUUCACGAUCCAUUUUGAGAGGUAUAGUCUGUUCAGAUUUUGAAUGUCAAGUGCAAUGACGUCAUUCAAAAACACUCUGUGGAUGGUUCGCUCUUUGAUUGGGUCAUCGCACAUAUAGGGGCGGAGCUUGAGCGACGACUUGACAUUCAAAAUCUGAUCAGACUAUACCUUUGUGGGAACAUUAUGGUACUCUCUCGAUUCGCCUGUGUGGAUGUAGAAAGUGGGAAGAGAAAAAGUGAUGUAAUUACAGUUAUUGUGAGCUUUUGCUUAUAAAUUUCGAGUUUUUGUGAAUCAUCUAUGCGCAAGUUGACAAAAAACUGGGCAACAUAUCAAGACAUUCUCAUAGUUUGAGAGCUGUACUCCAGUUCCAAAACCAAGAAGGCGCGGCCAAUUUUUGAGCUAUUCCAAAAAAUUUUGACUUUGAUUUUGUCUACUUGUUGUCCGAUUGGGGCAUUUUUUCGUUGAAUGAAAUACAUUUAAAAAAUAGAAAAUGAUCUUUGAAGGUUGAAAAUCUUCCAUUCCAGGACUUGAAAAAAUGGCUCAAACGUUAUCGAGGCCAUUCAUCUGGGCCAAAAAUCAAAGGACGCGUGAAAAUAUCUGGAAACUUUGCUUCCAAGGGAAGAAAACUAGAGUGAUAUAGGCAUGAAAUGGAUUUUAUCAAAUUGAAAUCAUUGAUUCAUACUUUGGGUGUCAUCAACUCGAGACUGUAGUUUAUUCACUAACAUCUUGAAAGACUUUGAAAAAUAUAGAAACUAAAACAAAAUGAUUACGAGCCAUCAAACCACUCUUUUAAAACAAAUUGAAGUCCAGGUGAACGAAUGAGUAGAUUUUUCCAGGGGAUGAAGCAAUUUUUGCGCAAGUACUGGGGCCGACUUUUGGCCCCGAGGCCUCGGCACAAAGGACGCGUUAAAAUAAGCGGCAAACUUGGGAAAAGAAAGGUUCUUGAAAGUUAGACCUGUUUUUGAGGUCCAAGCGCAUGGGGUGUUUCAAUUUUUAUUUUACUAUGAGCCCUGCAUCUCAAAUAUUUUCCGAGUGCGAAAAUUCCCUUUCCUUUUUUGAAUGGUUCUGGCUUACAUCAGUUUUGCACUUUUCGAAAAAAAAGCUUCUAUCUUCUUUUUGACGUUCUUCACUUAAUUGAUAUAAACUUCGUCAGUCCUGAAUCGUUAAAGCCUAAAAAAUUUAAACAAAAAAAAUUUUUUUUCGUGCCUGCCGGAAGAUUCUCCUAGCUUAACAUGCCGUUUGCAGAGGCUAAUGAUUUUUCUUCUCAAGGAGAGAAAUUAAGAAAAACAUUUCAAAAAAUUAUAUUUCAGCAAUCGAAAGAUGGAAAGAACUCGGCGUGCAAUGAAGCGAGGAAACUGCACAACGAAGUCAGAACUAUUCAUACGGAGGUGAAGCAUUUCAAACACUCAAAGGCAAUAUUAUAAAAGGAAAAAAUGGAAAAUAGACCAAAAAGAAAAAUCCACUUUUUUUGGAAACGAAAGGAUGAUUGAUUUUGAAAAAACUCUCAACAACCUAAAAAAAUAUAACAAAACCUGGAAUUUCAGCUGGCGAACGAAGUUGAAACCUGUGUUCGGGACAAAGCUAUAAACGCUCUUAGCCUCAGCGAGAAGAAAAACGAGCGAUGCCAGGGUAUCUUAAAAAAGGUAUCAUUCUCGUUUACAUUCGAACUCAUUACAAAAACUUUGUUUUCAGAACGCGAAACCAGCCCCGAUUGAGCCACAAAAGAGAAGAAACAAGAAAGAGAAAAGCGGACAGAAAGCGGCAGUGAAGGUUCUUUCGUUUCCAAUAGUUGCGAAAUCGAUUAUUCGAAAUCAAAUGAACAAAAAGACGUAAAAAUGAACGCACUUUAAAAAAAAUUCGGUGUUGACAGUAAUUUCCGCGGAAAUCGGAAUUAUCUUCAAUUCUCCAAUAACUAGACAUCUUCCUACCUUUUGACAGAUGUAUCGAAUUUGGCAGAACAACUAUGAACAUGACGUCAUAAGACAAGAAUGAAAAAAACCCAAAAAACUCCAAAUUAAUUUGGAGAAGCCGAAUAUUUUGAAAAAAGUGUCGUGAAAUAGGAUGUUUAGUCCUGCACACAAGUACGCCGGACUACAUGCAGGGAAAAAAACAUUUUUUCUGUCAAAUCCUUUUUUUAACAUUUUCAAUUUAUCUCUAACGAAUAAUGUUUUCAGACCUGUCACAAGGAAGUUCGUCGAUUGAAGAGCCAGUGCCAACGUCUCGCUAAAUGUUGCCCUGCUGCUAGAGAGUAAGUUUAUUUUUUUUAUUCAUAUUUCUUUGAAAACGUAGGAAGUUCCGUAAUAGUUUGCUAUUUCAGAUGCCACCAAGCCGAAGACAAGACUCAACUUGAAGAGAAGAAAAAGGCUCUGAAGGCAGCCAACAAGGAAUGCAACUCUGCUCCGAAAGAUUCCAAGAAGGUUUGUUAGUUGUUUUUUCACUUGCAAAGUUAUAUUCAUUUAUUAACUGAAUUUUUGCAAGACAUUUUUUUCUGCAACCCUCUCGCGUGAUUUCCACCUCGAACGACGUUUACAUGAAUAUCUGAUGAGAGUUCUCUGAAAUUUUCUUCAGAAAAAAAAAACGUCUUUUGAAUAUGGGAAAAGAUCAUCGAGCUCAGGGAUUUUCAAUCUCUGGAAAAGAAGAUGAAAAAUUCAGCUCGGUUUUUGGAAGUUUCGAAGAUACAGGAUGUAAGAGCUUUGCAAAAAGGAAGUGUUUCGGAAAACACAAAAAAAGAUAUUGAACUUUGAGCAGAGAUAAGUAGGGGGGAAAAAAUCCCAAAAAACUUUUCUCCCCAUCUUUUACAAACAGUUUUCAAAGAGGGCAAACUGAAAAAAAUUGGUUUGGAAAAAUGUUUAAAAAAAUUUUUCAGCUUACUUUCGAAAAAAUAGGAUAAAGUACAUAUCCGUCUUCAGAACAAGAAGCAACGCGGAAAGAAGGACGGUGAGGAGAAGGAACGAGACGGAAAGAAGAAGAAUGGCGACAACAAGUUGGCAAAAUCGCUGGACAAGGCUCAGAAGCAGCGUCGUUCGGCGCCGAUCGGCGGCAAAAAACUGGACCUUGCUGUUGGUUUUUCGAAAAAUGAAAAGAUAUGGAAUCCAAAGAACAGUUCGCUUGUGUUUAGAAAACUUUUUGAAAAGAGUAUCUUCAAUAUUUAAUCAAAUUCAGUAGAUUAAAAAGAAUGGUUUAAUGAAAAAUAUAAGAAAAUUUUAAAAAAGGUGUUUUUGAGAGGCUUAGGCCUUCCAGUGGUCCCUCUAGGGUUUAGGAGAAAAAACAACCCAUAUAGGGGCCGAAAAAGUGGUCCAUAGAGUUGUAAAAUCAAGGUGGUCCCUAUAGGGGUUUAGGGUCUGACUCCUUAGCUUUUUUUUCUAAAGCUCAAGUGGACCCUAUAGGGAUUUCUCAAUUUCAUUCAAAAACUUUAUUCAGUUUUUCUCAUGGAAAUGCUUCUUCGCUUGGAGUUCAUAACGAUUGUCGACUAGCAUUUUCCCUAUAGGGACCACGUUUGCAAGCUUUAGGGGCCCCUAUAGGGGUUAAGUGGUCUUUAAGGUCGCCCCUAUAGGGAUUACUCUGAAGUUCCUAAGGAAGACUGAGUUAUCUAGCGUUAUUCGAUUCAUAAAAAAGCGCCACUAAAUUAAGGACGUUUUUUUCAGCUCGCCGACAUGCCCCACGCCUAA